UGGGGAGUGUCAGAUGCAAGUUCUAAUGAGAUGUUGACUUCAUUUUAUUUUUAAACUCAUUGAAACAAUUUUAAAAAGAAUUUUUGGGGUAGGUCCAUGGGCAUCCGCAGCCCUCAUCUCAUCUUUUUCCGGUCCGCCUCCCCCAGGCGGCCGUUUGCUUUAACCCAGCUCUAUGGUUUGCGCAUGCUCACGCCUCCGCUUCGGGUCAACAGAGAAAGUUCCUAGUAGCAGGAGUACGCAUGCGUCCACGGGAUUGCUCCCGCCCCCUUCCUCGUUUGUGCCUGCCCCGUGUGCGCGCGCAUCCCGUCAGGCGCGGACAUUUCUGUCCGUGUUUUUUCGAGCUGCGCCGCUUGAGGUGGGCUGAGCCGCCGUCACCAUGCCGGCCGGACCUGUGCAAGCGAUGGCACCUGCCCAGCCAGCGCCGACUGAAGCGAAGCAGCCUGAAGAUGAACCCAAAGAGGAAGCCGCUCCAGCCAAACCUGUGGUGGGAAUUAUUUAUCCGCCCCCUGAGGUUCGAAAUAUUGUGGACAAGACAGCCAGCUUUGUGGCCAGAAACGGCCCUGAGUUUGAAGCCCGUAUCCGCCAGAAUGAAAUCAACAACCCCAAAUUCAACUUCUUGAACCCCAACGAUCCUUACCAUGCCUAUUACCGCCACAAAGUCAACGAGUUCAAGGAAGGGAAGGCACAGGAGCCCUCGGCAGCCAUCCCGAAGGUCAUGCAGCAACAGCAGAGUGCCCAGCAGCAGCUUCCCCAAAAGGUCCAGGCCCAGGUGAUUCAGGAAACCAUCGUCCCGAAGGAGCCUCCUCCGGAGUUUGAGUUCAUCGCAGACCCGCCUUCCAUCUCAGCCUUUGACUUGGAUGUGGUGAAACUGACCGCCCAGUUUGUCGCCCGGAAUGGCAGGCAGUUCCUCACCCAACUGAUGCAGAAAGAGCAGAGGAACUACCAGUUUGAUUUCCUGCGCCCCCAGCACAGCCUCUUCAACUAUUUCACCAAGCUGGUGGAACAGUACACGAAGAUCUUGAUCCCACCUAAAGGUUUAAUAAUAAAGCUCAAGAAGGAGGCAGAAAACCCCAAAGAAGUCUUAGAUCAGGCCUGCUACAGAGUGGAGUGGGCCAAGUUUCAGGAGCGGGAGCGGAAGAAGGAAGAGGAGGAGAAAGAGCGAGAGCGUGUCGCCUAUGCACAGAUUGACUGGCAUGAUUUUGUGGUGGUGGAAACCGUGGACUUCCAGCCCUCUGAGCAAGGCAAUUUCCCUCCUCCGACUACCCCCGAGGAGCUGGGUGCUCGCAUCCUGAUCCAGGAGCGCUACGAGAAGUUUGGCGAAAGCGAGGAAGUGGAGAUGGAGGUGGAGUCGGACGAUGAAGAUGAGAAGCAAGAAAAGUCCGAGGAGCCGCCCUCCCAGUUAGACCAGGACACCCAGGUGCAGGACAUGGAUGAGGGUUCUGAUGACGAAGACGAGACCCAGAAAGUCCCGCCCCCUCCGGAAACUCCCAUGCCUCCACCUCUCCCUCCAACUCCAGACCAAGUCAUUGUCAGGAAAGAUUACGAUCCUAAGGCUUCCAAGCCUUUGCCCCCCGCCCCAGCGCCAGAUGAGUAUCUCGUCUCCCCCAUCACUGGAGAGAAAAUUCCAGCCAGCAAAAUGCAAGAGCACAUGCGGAUCGGGCUCCUGGAUCCCCGCUGGCUGGAGCAGAGGGACCGCUCCCUCCGGGAGAAGCAGACCGACGACGAAGUGUAUGCCCCAGGUUUGGAUAUUGAAAGCAGCUUGAAGCAACUGGCUGAGCGCCGUACCGAUAUUUUUGGUGUGGAGGAGACCGCGAUUGGCAAGAAAAUUGGGGAAGAGGAGAUCCAGAAGCCUGAAGAAAAGGUGACCUGGGACGGCCACUCUGGAAGCAUGGCCCGGACUCAGCAGGCCGCUCAGGCCAACAUCACCCUGCAAGAGCAGAUUGAGGCCAUCCACAAGGCCAAGGGGCUGGUGCCCGAAGAUGACAGCAAGGAGAAGAUCGGCCCAAGCAAGCCCAACGAGAUGCCGCAGCCCCCGCCUCUUUCCUCGGCCCCCAACAUGCCGACCAGCGCACCUCCAAUCGCUUCUGUGCCCCGCCCGCCCUCGAUGCCGCCUCCUGUCCGCACGACGGUGGUCAGUGCCGUUCCCGUCAUGCCUCGUCCCCCGAUGACAUCGGUGGUCCGCUUGCCACCGGGCUCGGUCAUCGCCGCCCCCAUGCCGCCCAUCAUCCAUGCCCCGCGGAUCAACGUCGUUCCGAUGCCCCCUUCCGGUCCGCCCAUGAUGGCCCCCCGGCCGCCUCCCAUGAUUGUGCCGACAGGAUACAGACAGGGACCAGUCAGCAGUCCAGCAUUUGUUCCAGCUCCUCCGGUGGCGCCCGUCUCGGCCCCCACGCCUAUGCCCCCCGUCCACCCCCCGCCUCCCAUGGACGAUGAGCCGGCCUCCAAGAAGCUGAAGUCCGAAGACAGCCUCAUGCCAGAGGAGGAAUUCCUGCGCAGGAACAAGGGCCCAGUCACAGUCAAAGUCCAAGUCCCCAACAUGCAGGACAAGACGGAAUGGAAGCUGAAUGGCCAAGUCUUGGUCUUCACCCUCCCGCUCUCCGACCAGGUGUCUGUCAUAAAGGUCAAGAUCCACGAGGCCACUGGGAUGCCUGCUGGGAAGCAAAAGCUCCAGUAUGAGGGGAUCUUCAUCAAGGACUCCAACUCCCUGGCUUACUACAACAUGAUGAGUGGCUCCGUGAUCCACUUGGCCCUCAAAGAAAGAGGCGGCAGGAAGAAAUAAGAGGCCUCAGGGGGAGCUGCUGCCGUCCCGGGUGGUCUGUCCAGGGGACAAGCAGCCACUGGAUUCCACCAUCGGCCUGGAGUUCCCAUUCUGACUGAGCUCAAGAGCCUUACGCCUGUCUCUGGUUGUCCCGGGAGCUGGGGCAAGUUCUGUUGCCCAGGCAGUAGCUGUGCCGUUGUGAAUCGGUGUGCAUGAACCUGGUUGCCCGCUUGUGCCGUGUCCGUAAUGCCACUCGCGUUGAACCUUUGCUAGCCCUUCCUUCUCUGUGGUCCCCCGUCUCAUUUCUUACUCGUCCCUCUUGUGGAUGAGCUCUUGCCUAGCUUGGAUCUUUUCCAACGACUUGUUUAACUUUCGGAGGAACUUGCCCGUCGGAUGACGCAUUUCAGUUCACGCUCUUGUAACGCAUCGAGAAGUGUAGUGAAGCUACUGCAAUAAAGUGAUUUGCAACUCCCCA